CUGCGCUGCUGCUCUUCUCGGACGGCAUGGCGGCGGAUGGAUGCGCUGCUGCUCCCGCGAUGUGCGCCUUCCUGACGGACCAUAGAGACGCGCACUGCCCGCAGCUGCGCCUUUAUGUAACCGUUUAUGUAAUGCGAGAGAGAGAGAGAGAGAGAGAGAGAGAGAGAGAGAGAGAGAGAGAGAGAGAGAGAGAAACAUGCUAAGCCAGUUUUGUUGGGUUAAGUAAUAAAUUGAAAACAUGUGUGUUGUUUCACCCCUUCGCCCACUGGUGGCUAUAAUAAUAUUAUUAUUACACAAUUUAACACGGUGGAAACGCUUUGGGAUGGUGGGCAUGUCACGCACUCACUGCUGAUUCAUGUCAAGAGGACGAUACAAGAGAGGAAAAUAGGGAUGCACAAAAAUAAUUUAAACCAUAUGAAAUUCUCUCUUUCUUUCACAACAGUGAAUUUGGGCAUUCCUAUCCUGCAUUGAGUUUUUCAUUUCUAAUAAAACAACAUACACAAUAUUUUAACACCACUCUAACUGGUGUAGUAUAAUUUAAAUUAUUUAUUGUUCAAUCCAUAGUUGUAAUUAAGCGAGUGUCAUAUUUUGUCAUUUCAUUGUUGUUGUUCUUUGCUUUCGAUCAGAAUGAGUAUUUUAGAAUUGUACUUUUUUUUGAUGAAGUGAUGUCUUCUCAGUGCCUGAGGCCUGCCUCUGUUUACAGGCAGGUUAAGUGGACACCUCACAGCCACCGAGCUGUCCAUAUGGACCCAGUUUCUAUCCAGAUAAUCUCAGUUGGAGGAUUAAGAAGACAGUCUCGGAGGAAGAGGACACUUUACACGUCUCUUUCUACAUAUAAUGGUGUUCCUGUAUCAUUCGAGCUGAUGGGUUUCCUCUACAGCUGCAGUUACAUGAAAGUCUGAUCACAGAAUCAGAAACAAAAUCAAUGCAUCUGGCCAUAUUUCGCCUACUGACCAUCAUGCCUUCUGCAAAGAGCUCCAAUCACUGGACGCUCUCUGAGUUCCUUGGGCAGCCGAGGCUGUUGGGAUUGGGCGCCCUGCUGGCCUGGCUCGUCCUCUUCCAUCUCCUGGUGAACGUCUGGCUGCUCUGCAUCUUCACCAGUCUCCUGGUGGUCCUCGGGGGCUGGCUGGGGUCGCGGGCCGUGCUGGACGCCGACAGCCUCCUCCACUUGGAACACUUCCUGCCUCUUGGGAAAGCCAACACGUCUCUGUGCUCGCCCGAGCACGAGUGGAGGCUGAACUACGAGAUCCACAGCGCUGUGCAGAAAGCUGUGCGUGACUUCGUGUCCUCGUGGUACCGCGCUCUCCUGCCGGAGGUGGAGGGGGAGUUCGAACGCGCGGUGCGGAAUACCAUGCUGGAGUCAGUGAUGGAGCUCAAAGAGCGCGCGCGUCGGGUGGACAGGAAAGCGCUGGUGCAGCGGCUGCUGGAGCUCUAUGGCUGCCACCUGCAGAGCUACAUGACCGUCAGGCAGAUCCAGUCGAUGCAGAGGUCAAAUGUCAGCCUGUGGCAGCUCUACAGCGAAGUAGACAAGCCUCACCCUGCCGUGAGCAGCCCGGCCGCAGAGCUCAGCUACUCCAGAGCUCUGGUUAACCUCGUCCUGCACGUGCUUGUUCCCUACCCUCAGAUGGAGACCAGGACCGGAGGAUACAUGGUGACAGAGCUCAUCACCUGCAAUGUGCUGCUGCCGCUCAUCAGCAGGGUGUCGGACCCCGACUGGCUCAACCAAACCAUCGUAGACAUUUUCACCAGAUCCCGGGAGCCGCAGGACGCCGGCGUGAACGACCUCCCGGAGGAUGCGCUGUACAAAUGCUCCGUUCAGCAGGAUUCCUGGAUCACCUGCAAAUCCCUGUCUUCUUCGGAUCCAGCUGGCUUCGCCAGCAAAAGCUCGUCAGACUUCGACGACCUGCUGAGCCAGAGUACGACGAGCGAGUGGGACUCCUCGCAGAGCAGCGCGGCCAGCGUGGCGUCUCCUGCUAAAAGUCAAAACUGCCACAAGGGUUUGCUCACACCUUACAAAGUUAGCUGCUGCUUGCCGACAUCUGGGCCCUCCUCCCACUCACUGGAGUCCAAAAUGAUCUCGCUUGAAUCCUUGAUUCAGUCAGACUCAGACGACGACCUGACAGGAGGCUUUUGUGAGUGCGGUCCACCGACGACUUUCUGCCACGCGCUCAACAUCAAGGACGAAGAAACUCCUGGAUGCUUUGGUCCUUUGAGAAAUCUUGGGUCUAAAGCGGUCGUGUCUGCAGACUCCCAGUGGCCUGCAGGCAUCGCCCAAGAGAAACCCUCAGCUUGUCCUCCAAGAAGACUCUGUCUGUCCCCCUACACUUUUGAAACCCCCAGCAACUCCGCGGCUACUGUGAACAUCCAGAACGUGCACAUUUCCGGCACCAUUACUGCGAAGGAGCUGCGGAGCACUGGCACGCAUCCCUGCAUUCUAUACACGGUGAAGUUUGAGACGCUGGAUCCUCCCGCCUGUCACUCCGUCAAUCGCAGAUACAGCGAGUUCCUCAACCUGCAGACGCGCUUCGAGGAGAAGCCCGAAGUGAAGAAGAUUAUCAAAAAUGUCAAAGGUCCAAAGAAAAUGUUCCCUGAUCUGACAUUUGGCAGUUCUGAAAAUGAGAAGGUGGAAGCUCGUAAAAGCCAGCUGGACGUGUUCCUUAAACAAUUAAGCAGCAUUCCUGAAACAGCCAACAGCGACGACAUGCAGGAUUUCUUAGCUCUUAACUCGGAUAUCUGCUCCUAUUUCGAAAGAAAGCCUUUUGUCAAGUCAAGAAUAGAUAAGAUGAUGGAAAAUGCUCUAGACACUUUGAAGACGGCCUUCCCUCAUCCUGAGACUCUCAGCCCAACAGAUGACUUUGAAGGAGACCCCGAUGGAAGAGCAGCAGACAGCAGAAAGUACAGGAGGCUGAUGUUCCCGAGCAAAGUCUCUCCUCUUAACAUACCAGACCUCCAGCCUAAAGUUACUUACUGCUUCAGCGAAGGCAGUGCUGUUCUCAAUGGCAUGUCUCUGUCUGCGCUGGAGAGCUUCGUCAGUGAGCAGGAAGGACUUUUAUGCGGAUCAAACGAGAAAGAAACAGCAAGGAGCCAUGAGAAGCAGGUCAAGGACAAGAAAUCUCACGGGACAGACACAGCUGUGGCAGAUGUUGCUUUGAACAUCUUGUGUCUGGUGAUGAAGGAUCAGUGGAGCUGGCUGUGCACCGAGAACAUCCAGAAGACCAUCAGACUGCUUUUUGGAACUUUCAUUGAGAGAUGGCUGGAUGUCGGGGUUGCCCGCCUCACCAGCGCCCCCUGCUGGGUGAUCUACCUUCAAGUGCUGCAGGAAGCCGUGUGGCCUGGAGGGACGCUGCCCGCUCAGCCCCGUCCAGAGAGGAGUGCAGAGGAAAGAGAGGAGACCAGGGAGCAGUGUCUGGACUGCCUGAUGCAGCUGCUCCCAGAGCUCAUCACAGACAUACUGGGCAGUGACAAGUACAGACUGAGCCUGGAGGCCAUGCUGCAGUCUUUACAGGACCAUCAGAUAAACAAACACCUGAUCUAUUGCAUCUGCGACCUCCUGCUGGAGUUUCUGGUCCCAGAGUCAUGUGAUGAGACUUUCCAGAGGUCUCUGAUGCAGAGCCUGGCUAAAGGCAGAGAGGGACGGUCCUCACAUGUGAUCAGCACAUGACACACACCAACCUAGGAGAAGCAGAUACACAACACAGCAGGUCCUCUGCGAGUCUCUGAGGAAUCCGAUGCAACGGCCUGUGUUUUGCAGGGUGAUGCACACAAAAACAAUAUUUCCGCUGAUUUUUUUUGUUCCUGUGACUUUCGUAAAUCAAACACCUCUGAUAUGUCCAGCUUACUGGAGAGCUCCACCACAGAAGGUGUUGGAUGUCAUUUCUCAUUUCUGAAAUAACAUACUUCGAUAAUGAAGGGAAAAUUAGGUCACAGCAACAAGAAGAAACGGCCGCAUACUCUGCAGCUAUUGUUUACAGUUUUUCUUGAUUAUGAAUUGGUUUCUUUAUUAACUCAUUGGGGUGUGAUUUCACAUGUUACAUAUGUUUUUCAUUCCAGAGUCUGAUAACAUUAAAUCUGACAUCAGUGUAUAUGCUUCUGGUUUCCUUCAGAAAUAUGACACAGUGAACUGAUCUGACACGGAGGCUUGAAAAUACAACCAGGAGUUUUUCAUAUCUUUAUUAUUUGUCUUACAUUCUCCUCCACUGG